UGCAGUAGAGGCUGGGGACACCUGGUGUUGCCUCUACUCAGAGACCCAGCUCAACGGAUGCUGGGCGGAGCCAGGCAGCUGCUGCACAGGCUGGGCGGCUGGGCGGCUGGGUGGCUGGGUGGCUGGGUGGCUGGGUGGCUGGGCGGCUGGGCGGCUGGGUGGCUGGGUGGCCGGCUACUAAGGAACUCUCGACACUUCUACUGGAGAAGCAAAGAGACUAACAUGGAGCAGGGGAAGGGUUUGGCUGGCCUCUUCCUGGUGAUCUCUCUUCUUCAAGGCACCAUGGCCCAGCAAAAACAAGAAAAGCAUUUGGUAAAAGUGGAUGACAGCCAAGGAGAUGGCUCUGUACUUCUGACUUGUGACUUGAAUGAGAAGACAAUCACAUGGCUUAAAGAUGGGCACAGAAUAAGUCCUCCAAAUGCAACUAAAAGCACGUGGAAUCUGGGCAACGGUGCCAAAGACCCUCGAGGCAUGUAUCAGUGCCGAGGAGCAAAGAAGAAGUCGCAGCUCCUGCAAGUGUACUACAGACUGUGUGAGAACUGCAUUGAGCUAAAUAUGGGCACUGUGUCCGGCUUUAUCUUCGCUGAAAUCAUCAGCAUUUUCUUCCUUGCUGUUGGUGUAUACUUCAUUGCUGGACAGGAUGGAGUUCGCCAGUCAAGAGCUUCAGACAAGCAGACUCUGUUGCAAAAUGAACAGGUCUACCAGCCCCUCAAGGACCGGGAAUAUGAACAGUACAGCCGUCUCCAAGGAAACCAAGUGAGAAAGAAGUGAACUCAGCAGGAAUUCAGAAUUUCCUUUGUGAUGAAGGACUGUCUUGCCUAUUACAUCAUCAACCUUGGCUAUGAUCUACCUGAUGGCACUGGUACCCACCCUCACUCAGUGUGAUAAGUAAUAAACCAUCCCUAUUUGACUGA